AAUCCCGGCGGCGGGGCGGGGGGGGGCCCUCCGGGACCUGCCGUCCAGCCGCUCCCCCCGCCGCCCACCCGUUCUCCGUCUUCCCCCCUCCUUGUGCCGGCUCCUCCCCGCCGCGCCGGGGGCUGGUCCUGCCCGGGCCCCCCCAGCGGUGCCAGGUGGGGGGAGCAGCGCUGGAGGGUCCGGGGGUGCCCCCCAAGGCGGUGCCGGGCUGGAAGAGAGAAAAGGAAUUCUGAGAUGAUUCUUUUCUAUAGCAGCGAGGGACUUGGGAGAGCCCAGCCCUGUGCUUCAAGGAUGCAGCGUUAACAGCCACGAACAUCUCUGUGUCCCUUAUGAUUUGCAGCCCAGCAAAGCGGCCCCUGAGGAUUUGAGGAGCCGCCGCUGCCGUCAGAACAUCGCCGAGAGCAACAGAAAAAUGAAAAGCAAACAUCCAGAGCUUCGCCACUCCAGGAAAAGGGAAAAACUCCCCAAACAAUGAUAGUUCAGCUCAUCGCCCGAUGUCCUCGCCCCGCCGACAGCACUUGCAGCCUUCGAAUGCCAGUGGGAGGGCAAGAUAAUGAGGAAUGAGAUUAAUCAUGGGAUGGAGAAAAAGAAAAUCCUGAUGAAAUCCAAGGUUGCUGCUCCUAACCUGCUGAGGACACUGCACUCCCUGUACCAGUUCGGUCACCUCUGCGACGUGACGGUCCACACGCAGCAUCUGGGAAUUCAGGAGGAGUUUCUGGUUCACAAAGCCGUCUUGGCAGCUUCCAGCAACUAUUUCAAGGGGCUUUUCCUGCACGAUGACAUGCUGGACACCAAGAACUGCACAGUGACUCUGCAAGACAUUUACACGGAGGAGUUCACCUCUUUUCUGGAGUUCGUUUACACUGCAGAAGUGGAGAUUGAAGCUGAAAAACUGCAACGGAUGAAAGAAAUAGCUGAGAGACUCGAGUGCAAGGAUUUGCUUGACAUUUGUGAAGAAGUGAAAGCAGAGGACAGGAAGGGGUUGGAUUUGAGCCUCCACCUGAAGGGUCAGCUGUGUGAAAACGGGUCACAGUGGCCUCGCGUCCAGCAAGAGGAGAACCGCAAACCGGGUAACUCUCCCCAGGCUGUGGCAACACCCCUGCAGAGGAGACUUUGGGAGAGGCAGAGCAAGAAAAAGCUGCUGGCUGGCUACGAACUCAUCGAAGGCCAGGCAGUGAGCCUGGAGCAAGAGGAAACCGCUUCGCCAGACCCCAAAUCCAAGACAGCAAAGCUACCAAAAUGUAACAAGACAGAUGCCAGAAACAGGCUCAGUGCGGAUAUUGUUAGUCUGGAGAAGGAGAGUAGCGAUUCUCUCCUAAGUCAGGCCGAGUCAAAGGAAGCCUGCGUAGUCAUUGGGAACACGCUGCCUGAGCAGUGGGAGGAUGAAAACAGUUUAAUUUCCAAAUUUGUCAGUAGAACCGAACGCAGGAAAUCACCGUGGCAUGUGGCGAAUGUCUUGCCACAGAUUGCCCGCGAGAAGUGUGACGAGUCGUUCCGUGUUACCAAGCAGCACCAGUCGCACACGGAGCUCAAGCACGACGCUAACCUGGCUGUCCGGUACGGCUGUGAUGUGUGCGAGCGGCGCUUCUCCUCGCACCAGAACCUGCGGCAGCACCGCCUCGCCGCUCACAGCCACCAGCAGGGCUUCUCCUGCGUGUUUUGUGACAAGAGGUUUAAGCGCCAGAAGGACGCGAACGAGCACAUCCGCAGGGUGCACGAGAAGCAGCGGUGUCCCCAGGCCUGCCCCUACUGCGACAAGGUUGUGGGCUCCAAGUGUGGCCUUGUGGUCCACAUACGGACGCACACGGGGGAGAAACCGUACAAAUGCGAGCGCUGCCCCGCCGGCUUUGCGCAGAGGUCCGCGUACAACACCCACGUCAGAAAAAUCCACCAGCAAGCGAGGAAACUUGUGCCUGUCUAUUGGAUGGUAGUUCCGCCUGCGCAAAGGCCACACGCAGUGAGCUGUGACAAAGGUCCUGACAGAGAGAGGUGGGACGGGACAUCCAAGGCUGAACAACAGAAGCCUGUGAGGUGCGAAGGGGCCACGAGUCGUGAGGAAGAACCCGGGGGUUUGUCUGUUACUGAAGGAGACAGCAGCAACGAGCAAGAACAGAAGCAGAGAUAUAAGGAAGCUGAAGCAAGAAGUGAAAAACUGAGUGAAGAAGGUGAUGAAGGUGAAACGAGUUUGAAGGGUGAGGAGGAGGUAGAUGAUGAAGCGGGUUGUUCAGAAGUUGAAGAUAGCAGAGACGAUGAGGACGAUGGAUACUCUAAUGAGAAGGAUGGCGAAGAACGUGAUUCAGAUGAAGUGUUUAAAAUAAAGAAGGUAAAUAAAAGCGAGGCGAGUAAGUCUGCCUAUGUAAUAACAUGCGAGAAGUGUAACGAGCAGUUUGUUUCCCGCAAGAAGUACGUGGAUCACUGCAGAGACGUCCAUCAGUGCUUGCCGGGUAAAGCCUAUCGGUGCGACAUCUGCGGCAAGUCGUUUGCCAGCUACAACAGCUGGAAGGAGCACCGAGCGUGCGUCCACACGGACGAGCGGCAGUUCGCCUGCACCCUCUGCAACGCUACCUUUAAGAGAAAGAGAGACGUGAGGACGCAUUAUAUGCGGAAGCACGAGGGCAGAGUCAAACGCCCGCUCUGCUCUGUCUGCGGGAAGAUCCUCAGCUCCCGAACGGCGCUGGUGUUCCACAUGCGGACGCACACGGGAGAAAAACCUUACGAGUGUGGCAUUUGUCAUGCAAAAUUUGCUCAGCCCUCCCAACUUAAGGUCCACACCAGGUCCCAUACGGGGGAAAAACCAUAUAUUUGCGAGGACUGCGGGGCUUGCUUUGCUGAUAAAGGCAAACUCACUGGCCACAAAAGGACGCACACAGGAGAGCGCCUUUUUAAAUGCGACGUGUGUGGAAAGCAUUUUGCCACCAACGAGUACCUGAAAUGCCACAAGCAGUGCCACAUGGGCGCCAAGCCCUACAAGUGCGGGGUUUGCGGGAAGGCGUUUGGGCUGAGAGCCUCGCUGGCCCAGCACAGCAACGUCCACGCAGAGACCCGUCCGUAUUUCUGCGAGCAGUGCGGGAAGACGUUCACCCAGCAGGGCGCCCUGCGCCGCCACCAGCGCAUCCACACCGGCGAGAAGCCCUACAAGUGCCGGGCGUGCGGGAGAACCUUCACCGACAUGUCCACGCUGCGCAGACACGUGGCGAUUCAUGACCGGAAUGCCCACUGGAAAAGUUUCUUAAUCGAUCUUACAACCAAAAAGGACCAUAACUGGUCCAAAAUAGAAACGUUCUCGGAAGCGCGUGCGGGUGAAGACUCUGCGCCGGAAAUUUGGUCCGUUGACCAAGGUAAACUGUACAAACCCCAGAGCCUUUUGCUUAAAAAAGCGGAACAUGUGCCACCUGGUGUUAAUAACGCACAAGGCGCCGAUCGCUCCCUUCUGUGCUUGUAGUAUCAGUUGUCGUCACAAAACCGCGCGGUCUCUCCAGGCCGAAUUCACUCCCGUGUUCUUCAGCGCCGCCUGUUCGGUGGAGUUUUAUUUAUUUUUGUGGUUUUUUUAAACAAAGGUUUGUGUCUAUUGGAGCCUCAUUGCGGAAGCGCGGGUUAAACCUGUGUGCAGACACGGGCGUCGUGCUGCCGCUGUAAAUUACCGCUCUUUUUUUUAAUUAUUUUUAAUAAAUAAAGAUAACGUGACCAGC